AUGGAGCUGGACCACCGAGCAGGUACAACCACUUUGACCAGGGCCCAUCUGAACAACAGCAAGGAAGGCCAGCAGGACACGGACCCCUGGAGAACUGCCCGUAGCCCACUGGAUACCUCCAAGUUCAAGUACCAGCUCCCAGUCUCCCCACAGCCGUCCAUGUACCAAGGAGACAGCCCCCGGGGCAGCUCCCUCGGGCAGGCCUCCCUGGAGGAGAUCCGGCCUCCACCCCUGAAGGCUGUCAGCCGGGACUCUCCCCAGAGGAACUCACAGCCGGGGUCCCUGAAGAAGGAGAGCUACAGACCCUCCUCGAGGGAGAGCAGGGCCUCCUUCCAAGAGGGGGCUCAGCCGUGCCAGGGGCUGGAGGAAGACCCCAACUUGGGGGCACAGGGCCAGAGUAACAGCAGUAUUCCCAAUAACAUUCGUCACAAGUUUGGGAGCAACGUGGUGGACCAGCUGAUCUCCGAAGAGCAGGCUCAAAGGGCCAUUGGUGAAGCCUUGGAGGGCCAGAAAAGGGCAAGCUCAUGGCCCAGCAGGAUCCAGAGGCCCGCCGAAAUCACCUCCGUCUUUUCGGACUACUAUGAUCUGGGCUACAACAUGCGGUCAAACUUGUUUCAAGGGGCCCCACAGGAGAUGAAGAGCCUAAUGAAGGCCUCCUACACCCCUGAGGUGAUUGAGAAAUCAAUGAGGGACUUAGAGCACUGGCAUGGCAGGAAGACGGAUGAUCUGGGACGGUGGCACCAGAAGAAUGCGGUGAACAUGAACUUGCAGAAAGCACUGGAUGAGAAAGAAAAGAGCAGAAGCAAGAACUCGAAGUUCUAG